AUGGGAUUGAUGAGUUCAUCAUUCAAGAUUCGAAUUGGCCAAUGCAAACCCAUGCUACAUCAUAUACUGGACAAGCAAACAAACAAUUGUGGAUCAGCUGUGCUGAUUUUAAUUUGUAUGGACAUAUGGCUUGCUGAAAUGUGUUCAGAUAUACCGUCUCAGCAGCAGUGCAUCAAGCCGAUUUUUCUUGAUUACCAGCUGGAACAAGUAUUCAGUCGAAAGAUGCAGGCUUCAUUGGUGGUGACACACCAGCAACAAUUCACAAUUGAAAAUGUCAUGGCAGACCUGAACGAGGAAGUUGGGGGAACAAAUGGACAUGCUGUAUGGACAGCACUAGAGAUGGCUUUUAUGCUGACUCACCUAGCCAAUCUGGUGGCUAGUGGCACAAAGACAUGUUCUGACUUUAAGAAAGUCCAUUUGAACACUUGUGCUAAAGCUGUCAAUGAAAAGUUCAGGACUAUGAAGACUGGAGAGCAAGUUAAAAAUCAUUUGAAGACACAACAAAGGAAGUUUGCAAAGAUGACCAAGCUUAGGAAAGUGAGUGCUACUGGUUGGGAUGAGGACAACUUCAUUAUCACUCUUGAUGAGGAGCACUACAAUGAUUAUGUUAAGGAUCACAAGGCUGAUGCUGAAUUCUUGAACAGGCGCCUUCCAAACUAUGGUGAGAUGCGGACAAUCUUUGGAAAUAGUAUGGCAACAGGAAAAUUUGCCAAGGACUCAAAUUCUGCAUUAGGUACUGAAGAAGCUAACACUGAAAAUGAAGACAUGAAUGCAAAUACUGUGCGUGAGUUGAAUGCAAAUGGUGAGAGUGAGGCCACUCCCUCUCCUUCUAAUCAAGGGGCUACCUCAUCAGCAAGCAAGCCAAAGAAAGCUAGGAUUGGUGGGGAUGAAGAGGAUGGGCUGAUUACUGUAAUCAGUCGUGUUGGUGACAGACUUGCUGAAGCUAUAGAGAAGGCCUGUGCUGCACCCCCACCACAGCCCACCAAUGAUUUACCAGAUGAUCUAUUCAACAUGUUGAUUAACCUUCCAGGUUUUGAUGCCGCCCAGUUAAAUCUGUAA